ACCGCGCUGUCACCCUCCCGUUCGUGGCGCAGAGCGUGAGCAGCUUCAGGCGGAAGCGAGCGAGCGCUUCGCCGCCGGCUACAUCCAGUGCAUGCAUGAGGUGCACACGUUCGUGUCCACGUGCCAGGCCAUCGACGCCACAGUCGCAGCCGAGCUCCUGAACCACCUGCUGGAAUCCAUGCCGCUGCGUGAGGGAAGCAGCUUCCGCGAUCUGCUGGGGAAUGCCCUGGCCAGGCCAACUGGAGCCCGGUGCUCCCCGCUGCCCAGCCCCUCUGCUCCUGUGGAUGACCUGUGCUCCGACCCAGAGGUGGUCCCUGAGGCCGAGCUGAGUGCAGCGCCUGCUGAGGGGCAGGACUUGGUGCCCGCAGCCCUGAGCAGCCCGACGACGGCCCAGAUAUCCCAGGGUAUCUGGAGACCCUGGUGACUAAGGCCUCUGGUGGGCGGCUUGAGGGAAGCCCUUGAUGCCCAGCCUUGAGGCCCCUAGACCUGUUUCCUGAGGGAAGCACUUUAAUAGACCCUACAGCUGUGGGCUGGGUAGGUGAAGGGGCUGCCAGCCCAGGAGGAAUUGGUUAGAGCUGCCAUUUACCCGUCCCAGCCUUCCCAGAUACUCUGUGGCUCUGGCAGAGGUGACAGGAGAGGUGUUCUUUCCUGAGAACUGGGCAUGAGUGCGUGUCCUGGGCAGGGACACUCAGGCCCUGACAGUCCUGGCCUCAACAGCAGCUUAAAUUUGCCACUUCAGGCAGGAGACCAGGGGAGGCAGGCACAUCUUGAAGCAGCACUCAGAGCAGCUCUGUACAGGCUGGUUUGUAGCGCACUUGUUUGUGUACUUGGUUGCCAUAGAGUGUUCCAAUUGAAUUAAAGAUUAAGGAUUAGUUAUCUUUGCGGUA